GGUCACACUAUUGCUACAUUGAUAAAUUGGUCAUUUUGGACCGAAUUUAGUUAACAUUAAAUUUAAAGAAAACAACCUACUUUAAGAUGCGCACAGUGCUGUUGAGCAAAUCGGAUGAGCUGUACCUGGAGAAAUGCGCACAGGAGAACCAGUUCUCGUACGGGAUAAUCGUGGGCCAUCAAGCGGACUUGACCAAAAGCGUCGUGGUCCACCUGGCCAGGAACAACGAGGAGGAUGGCGAUGUGGAGGACCUCGCAGACGUACGCCUCAGUAUCUCGGACAUCAACUCACAGGCGUUGGCUUCCCAGUGGCUGAGCGCCAGCAAAAUGUGUCCCGGAUCCUUUGACGUCAUCGGAAUUUUUGUAUCUUCAGUGAGAUCCGAUGUGGUCAAUGAGCAGAGUCCCGAGUUUAAAAACGCCAAAAAGUUGUUCUCAGAUAUCUACGACUUACUAUUGAAAAGCAGCAGCUCGUUUGGCGUCUACACCACCGAUAUUGCACAGACUGAUUUCGUAUUCCUCUCGUAUUCGCUGGCCGACAAGAAAGUGCUCUGCAAAAACUACAGCUAUGGAAACGGUGGCACUUUCUCCAACAUGGAGCACAGAUUUGUGGACAAGCCAUUCGAGUGGAUUCAGCUGGAGUGCAGCUACGAUCUGGACGACGUGCUGCCCAUAUUGGAUUCAUCGCGACGCGUCAACAUCGAAGAUCAGUUCCAGAAUGUAAUAGUCUCGGUGCGCAAAAACCUGCUGGCCAGUGAGGUAUUCCUGCAGAACGAGUUGGUCGAGGACACCAUCGAUCUGCAGGCCUAUAUCAAAAAGAAAAAGACCAAAGUGGACAAGCUAAAGCCCACGUCGACGAGUGGUGCGUCAACCUCGGCCGUCAGCAAUGCCACGGAUUCCCUGCCCCAGCUCGCCUCGGAUGGGGCAAUCGGUGGUGGUGACCCCAUCCGGGCCAGCAUCGUGCUGCCGGUGAAAUGCCAGCUGAGCAAACCGACGGACAUCAAGGUGCGCGAGUUCAAUGGAACACUGCGCAUGAGCGGCAUCAUUGCCACCAAGGUCUUCUGCAGUCCCCGAAACAGUAUAGCUGAUGUGAAGCGUUUCCUGCGCGACGAUGUGUUGCGCUCCCUGAUCACACGUAUUCAAGUCUACUGCGACGGCCUCACGGAUCCAUAUGUGACCAAUGAGGCAUUGUACAUCAGUGAGCCACCCCGGCGGGUGUUCUUCAGUCUGCCUUCUGAGGGAACCAGCAGCUCGACCGGCGCAGUGGUGCAGUUCUCCGAGUACUUAUUCCGUGGCGAAGCUCCCACUGUGGUGGUGGCCCAGGCCAAACAGAUUCUGGACGUAGAGCUGGACCCAGAGACCAUUUCCGUGGAGGCCGAAGGACUGCCGGAUGACUCGAAUGCGGGCAACGAUCGCACGGACGAUUCCCGCAUCAUGCCCAGUUCGAUGCCAAAGCCAGAACUCUCACGCAGCCUCUACAUGGUGGGAAUCGCGGUGGCCCUGCUGGUUCUCCUGGCGUCCGUAGCCCUGCACUAUGUUCUAAGCGAAGGAUAAGCCACUUGGACGCCCAUCUAUCUGUUGGGGCUUCUAUGUCCAAACCACUCUUGUAGCUCUUUAUACGAAAUGUUUUUAUACAGAUACAUUAUUUGCAUGUGUGCCCACGCACUCACCUCUCUAUUGUGAUCGUUUGUUUUUAUAAUCCAUUGUGUACUCGUAGUAGUAAAAAAAGAAAGUGUAUAGGGAUCACGUUAAAUAGUUUUAUUGUGGAAGCAAAACUGUGCAGCAUUUAACACCAAUAUAAUAAACUAAUAAGUAAUGUA